AUGGCUCAUGGCAUGUCUCAAGGUAUGCCUCAAAGUAUGCCUCACGGUAUACGGCACGGUAUGCCUCGCACCAGUCGUGGAGAGGCACUGAACAAGGAUACCAUCUCGGAUGAUUCGAUUGAGAAUGAAGAAAAGGAGAGGCGAUACAUUUGCAAGGAGUGCGACAAGGCGUUUACGACGAGGAUUCACACGGGCGUCAAACCUUUUGCCUGUCUUCUCGAAGGCUGCUCUUCUCGGUUUUCCCGUCAGGACAACAUGAUGCAGCACUACCGCUCGCACAUGCUCAAACUCCAGCGCAGCGACACAAGCGGCCAAUCCUUUGUUCUCCAGUUCAAUCUUCCACCCGUUAUGAUGGGCACGUCGCCAACAAGUACAUCCCGUCCCAACGUGGUCUUGAACCCGUCCUUUCAGAGAAUGACCCCGAGGACGAGUCUGUCUGAUGCACCCAAGAAGCGACGCCGACGGUCCAAGGAGUAG